AUGUCCUCGCGUCGACGCGACCGGAGCUGGGAACGAGAAGACCGCGACAGAGACAGAAGACGCGGUGGCAGCUAUCGAGAUGAGCAGCCUCGUCGUCGUUCCAGCCGUUCCAGGAGUCCAAGAAGAAAUAAUAACGACAGGGACCGACGCGAUCGCAGGUAUGACGAUCGAAGAGAUGACAGGGACCGCCGAGAUGGCCGAGAGGGGGACAGGCGAGAGGGUGACCGACGAGAUGACCGCGACCGAAGGAGAAGAGACGAUGGACGAGACUACAGUCAUUCUCGGCGAGAAGAGGAUAGGCCUGCAGACCACUCGAAGCAAGAAUCCCGCCAAGACUCUGAGCCUCCCAAACGAGUUAAUCUAGACCCGGAGCCCCAAGAGGAGGAGAUGGACGACGACACAAUGUUGGCUAUGAUGGGCAUGAGUGGUUUUGGAACGACUAAAGGCAAGCAUAUUGAAGGUAAUCAAGAGGGUGCAGCUUCAAUAAAAAAGCAACGCACUUGGAGACAAUACAUGAAUCGAAGGGGUGGAUUCAACAGGCCGCUGGACAAGAUCAAGUAG